AUGACUACCACGCUUCUUUCACCACCGUAUCCUAUCAUGAAUGUUAUCGGUGCCUCGGUCUCUGAAGCUGCUCCAACAGGUGCUCACGAAACAAGAGAUAUCGUUCUUCCAAACCAAACCGAACACGUCUCUCAAAUCGCUGUCGACAUUGGUGGUUCACUAGCCAAGAUUGUCUACUUCACAUCAUCUGCUGAUCGCAAAGGAGGAAGACUUCAUUUCAAAAAGUUCGAGACUGAAAAGAUCGACGAGUGUAUCGACUAUAUCGCUGAACUCGUUGCAGACUCUCGCCACCUUAUGAACAAUGGACAAGAGCAGGUUCUCAAAGCCACGGGUGGUGGUUCUCAUCUUUAUUACGACAAGCUGUCAAAACGACUUCCCGGCAUAGUCGUACAAAAAGAGGAUGAAAUGGAAUGUCUUAUCACAGGUUUGAACUUUUUCAUCACCGAGAUACCAUACGAGGUCUUUACAUACAAUGAGCAAUUGGAGGAGAAUCCCAUGCAAUUUGAAGAGACAACUCAGGCCAUAUACCCGUAUUUGCUGGUCAAUAUUGGAUCCGGUGUGAGCAUACUCAAAGUAACAGGUCCAGACGAUUUCUCUCGUGUUAGCGGCACAUCUUUGGGUGGCGGUACACUUUGGGGUCUUUUGUCAUUAUUGACCGAAGCAAGCACAUUCGAUGAUAUGCUUGAAAUGUCACAAAAGGGCGACAAUCGCAAUGUAGAUCUCUUAGUAGGAGAUAUCUAUGGAUCGGAUUACAGCAAACUCGGACUCAAAUCAACACGGAUAGCAUCAAGCUUUGGCAAGGUGUUCAAACAAGGUGUUAGACAAUCAAAAGAUAGCUUCUCUCAUGCCGACAUAUCCAAGAGCCUGUUAUUCAUGGUUAGCAAUAACAUUGGUCAGAUUGCUUAUCUCAACGCAAAACAACAUGGCUUGAAGCGGAUCUAUUUCGGCGGCUGCUUUAUACGAGGACAUCCCAUAACCAUGAACACAUUGUCUUACGCCAUCAACUUUUGGUCUGGAGGUGAAAUCAAGGCAUUAUUCCUUCGACAUGAAGGUCACUUGGGUGCUACGGGUGCUUUCCUCAAACACAAGCCUAUUCGUAAGGCGCGACAUUCUUUCUCCUAUUCAGAGGACUUCCGACCAGACACGGCAUCCACACCUAGCGGCGUAUACGAUGUCAUAGAGAAAACAAACUUAGAGCUUCGGUCCGAGGACGCGAUAUAA